UGAAUAUCAAAGAUAAUUUCUAGAUUCAAUGAAAGAUUCAGUUGUGUUUUACUUUUGGGAUCUAUAAACCAAGUCAUAAUGAAUAUAGAGUGGGGGGACUGCCACAAAAACUUAUGCAUAGUGUUGAGCUCAGUACAAUGUACGCGUGAAAUUAAUGCACCUGACCAACUUCCCAACUGUAAAACAUCAUAAAGACGCAAUAGUCGUCGUCUCCUUCAAUUCUCCACCAUAAAUCACACUGCAACACUCACACACAACACAGGCUUUUGGUGUAUAUAUAUAAGCAACAUCUUGCCAUUUAAUAUCAUCACAAACUUCACCUUCUCUCAAGAUCACCUUUUGCUCUUCACAACUAACACCUCUUGCUUUUGCAUUCACUUUUGCUGCAUUAAUAGAAAUGGCAAGUGAGCAAAAAAGAUGGUUAGUUGUGCAUGUAAUAGCAAUAAUCUUAGCAUUAAACAAUGUUGCUUAUGAGGUUAAUGGUGACCCUCAAGUUCCAUGUUACUUCAUUUUUGGCGAUUCUUUGGUUGAUAAUGGGAAUAAUAAUGGUAUUGCGUCGUUGGCUCGAGCUAAUUACUUGCCAUAUGGUAUUGAUUUCCCUGAUGGCCCGACCGGAAGGUUUAGCAAUGGCAAAACAGUUGUUGAUACUGUCGCUGAGCUAUUAGGCUUCGAUGCUUAUAUUCCUCCGUACGCAGAUGCUGGGGGUCGAGACAUACUUAACGGUGUGAAUUACGCCUCAGCAGCAGCAGGCAUUCGAGACGAAACAGGGCAACAGUUGGGUGGACGAAUUAGCUUUGGCGGGCAGGUAAAUAAUUACAAAAACACGGUGUCACAAGUUGUAGAUAUACUUGGAGACGAAGAUUCAGCAGCGAAUUAUCUAAGUCAAUGUAUAUAUUCAGUCGGAUUGGGUAGCAACGAUUACCUUAAUAACUAUUUCAUGCCCAAUUACUAUCAAACUAGCAGUCAAUAUACACCGGAGGAGUAUGCUUCUGCUCUCAUUCAAGAAUAUUCUGGGCUAAUAAGAGACUUGUAUAGCUAUGGAGCAAGGAAACUUGUGUUGAAUGGCAUAGGACAAAUUGGGUGCAGUCCAAACGCAUUGGCUCAAAACAGCGAAGAUGGAUCUACAUGCGUUGAAAAGAUCAACUCCGCGAACCAACUGUUCAACAACUUGCUGAAAUCUCUUGUGAAUAACCUCAACAGUGAGCUACCAGACGCGAAAUUCAUAUAUAUCAACAAUUAUGACAUUUUCCAAGACUUAAUCAAUAGCCCUCAGUCUUAUGGUUUCACAGUGACAAAUGCUGGAUGUUGUGGAGUGGGAAAGAACAAUGGGCAAAUCACUUGUCUACCUGGUCAAACACCUUGUCAAAAUAGAGACGAGCAUCUGUUUUGGGAUGCUUUUCACCCAAGUGAAGCUGCGAAUGUGAUUGUUGGUAGGAGAUCAUACAGUGCACAGUCAUCCUCAGAUGUUUAUCCGAUGGAUAUCCGCCAACUGGCUCAGCUUUAAGCUUACUACGCUUUGUCACACUUCUAUGACUUUAAAUCGUAUUACGUUUGUGAUUGUGUAUGAUAGUUUCUUCUUAUUGCGAUUGUUUUGAUAAAUGGACUCAUAAUAUCUUAUGUGAAAUGAAAGCGAGUUUUAAGUAGAAGUAGGGAUUUGAACUGUUUAAGCCAUGGAAUGUUACGGUUUAAAUAUGGGUUGUUGCUUAUUAUUUA